GCUCCCAAAGAGGGGGAUGCUAGAUCUCCUUGCCCCGCUCUAAAUGCUAUGGCUAAUCAUGGCAUAACACCGAAACAACUAUUCGAUGCUCUUCAGAAGGUUUUUAAUGAAGACACUUUCUUAGCAAUGUUUCAAGUGGCUG